AUGUUUUCAAGCGCCCGCAACCUUCCAUGUCCACAACCAUUUCAGUUUGCAACCAAUAUUCCUCAAUAUCUCCCAGUAUUUCCUAUUGAGUUUUUAGGGACAUGCAUCUUCUCUAUAAAUUCUACACAAGAAAUAAAGCUUACAAUCAGAGCUCUAAGCGAAAGUGAACUGUUUGGAAUUGAGAUUUUUGAAACUGAAAAUUUUCCUAAACCUUAUGAGAAGGAUCAAAGAGGGCAGUUGAAAAAAAUUAAAAAAUACUUUCCUUUAAACACAUUUCCUUUAACCUUAACAAGUGGAACCGGAUCAGUGAGUAUAUUACUUAGUUCAUAUGAUCUGCUUAAUGGAAUAAUUCCUUAUUCAAUGGAAUUUGUUGCUGUUGAAAAUAGUAAUUUAUUUUAA